UCAUACUCUUCACCCCCGAGCGGGAACACGUCCCUUCUCCUCCCUCCUGUGGAAACUCUCUCAAGGCAUCUCUCUCAAGGCAACUCGGUCUCAGCGCCGCCGCCACCGCCUCUAAACUCGCGAGAGCUGCGGCUCCACGCCGGUGACUGGCGCGAAACUUGUGACUAUGGCGGCUGGGAAAGAGUUGAGGAGCCGGAACCUUCCCUGGGUGGAAAAGUACCGGCCCCAGACCCUGGAUGAUCUUAUUUCCCAUCAAGAUAUCCUCAACACAAUUCAGCGAUUUAUCAAUGAAGAUCGGCUCCCUCACCUACUAUUCUAUGGACCGCCAGGAACUGGGAAAACAUCUACUAUUUUGGCUUGUGCCAAACGACUUUAUAAGGACAAAGAAUUAAACUCAAUGGUUUUAGAGCUGAAUGCCUCUGAUGACCGAGGUAUUGACUCAGUGCGUGGACCAAUAUUGAACUUUGCCAGUACCAGAACCAUUUUCAAGAAAGGCUUUAAGCUUGUUAUCCUAGAUGAGGCAGAUGCUAUGACUCAAGAUGCUCAGAAUGCCCUCAGAAGAGUCAUUGAGAAAUUUACGGAAAACACAAGGUUUUGCCUGAUCUGUAACUACCUGUCAAAGAUCAUCCCUGCUUUACAGUCUCGAUGUACUAGGUUCCGCUUUGGACCACUGACAACAGAACAGAUGAUUCCAAGAUUGGAAUAUGUCAUCCAGGAAGAAAAAGUCAACAUAACUCCAGAUGGAAUGAAGGCUAUUUUGACUCUUUCCAAUGGUGACAUGCGACGAUCUUUGAAUAUUUUACAGAGCACAAACAUGGCAUAUGACAAAGUGACUGAGGACACAGUGUACACCUGCACUGGCCAUCCACUAAAAUCAGAUAUCGCAAACAUCCUUGAUUGGAUGCUCAACAAAGACUUCACCACUGCAUAUAGGAAUAUAAUGGAAUUAAAGACAUUAAAAGGUUUAGCCCUACAUGACAUUCUGACUGAGGUUCAUACUUUUGUACAUAGAGUUGACUUACCACCUUCAAUUCGCAUUCAUCUAUUGAUCAAGAUGGCAGAUAUUGAGUAUAGGCUGGCAUCAGGAACCAGUGAAAAAAUCCAGUUAAGCUCACUUAUUGCUGCAUUUCAAGUUGCCCGUGAUAUGGUUGUGGCUGAAGCCUAGUGACUUAUAUUUUCACUGUGACAAACUAUACUGUAAAAUUAAAUAUUGUUUGAAGUUUUCAUGUUUGGAAACUAGCUUUGAUUGGUAUUUUGUCUGAACUCUUCCAUGAAAGUGCACUUGAAUGUUGUUUUUAAUUUCCUUAUGAAAAACGCUACAAUGUUGUAAUAGUGUGGCAACAAGUUUGAGAUUUGACUCAAUCCAUCUAUAUUUUACAGUUGCCUUCCUUUAUUACUCUUACGAAUAUCAAUUGGAAGGUGGGCAUUGGUCUUGCAAGUUCCUGCCAAAACUUAGUCUGCAUAUUUUAUACAAACUUGUUUUUUUAACCAAGCUCUUUCCUAACAAGACAGUGCAUAUAUUUAAAAAGUGAUUUGCAAAUUUAACACGUAUUUUGGUUUAAAGCAGAUAUGCCAUGUCUUAUUGGCCUAUUUGGUACAAGAAUAGUAACUGCCAGACAAUAAAGUUGCAAAUUAAAGUAUACAGACCUUCCAACAGAAGUGUUUUAGGUGUUAUCCUGUUGUAUUAUUAACAUCCUAGAAUAUUGACAGAUACCAGCUAAAACAAUGAAAUUUACAGGGAUGCCUUUAGUUUUGCUUGUCUGUGGCAGUGAGUAAUAAUUACUGUUGCAUGGCACUUCCAAAUAUUUUCUGCACUUUUACUAGUCUUAUUAUGAAGUUAAAGCUAAGAAUUCAAACAGUACCUUACUGUUCCAUCAAGAUGUAAUUUUUCCUUAGAAUUCAUAACUGCAGAGUAAAAUUGUAAACAUUUCCAUUAAGUUUAUCCUUAAUCUCUGAUUACAUAACAUGUAGAACACAGAACCAUGCCAUGUGUGUUUAUGCUCCAAAGCUCCUCCCAUCUUUCUUCUAAAUUUCAUUACAAGUCUCUAUUUCCCCUACAUUUAGAAGGAGACUGAAUAAGCUCAUCUCUGCACUGUCUGCUUCAACCAUUCCUUAUAGUAGCAAGAUAGUAGUUAAAUUCCAGUCCUUGUGAAUGAUUUAUCUUUAUAGCAGUAAAUCCUAUCAGUGAUGGUUAAAUUAAGAUACUUAAAGCCAGCCUGCUAAAUGAUAUGUGCAUUUUGCUGAACUAAUAUGCUUAAGGCAAAUUAUUGAAAGUGUUCUGCAAGUCUUAUAUUAAAGCAAAACCUGUAUUUCCAACA